AUGAGUUCCCGACUGUUGAAUCCAAAGACAAUCCAUCGUGAGUUUUCAGGGCUUCCAGGUGCCCUUGGCAUCAUUUUUGGUUUGCCAUUGGUGGUGAUUCUACUUCAUUUGCUCACAAACGAAAAUUAUAGCAUCAAAGGAAUUAACCUUGACUGGGAAGCUGUGAAAAAACAGCUCCCAAAUUCAAAGGAUCAAUUGUGGGCAUUGUGUUUUGAUGCUCAAUGCUGGAAAGUUUACUUAAUUUGGUUCGUUUCAACCACCUUCUUCGAUUUAAUCUUGCCUGGAAAACAUAAGAAAGGUGUUCAAUUGCGAGACGGUACUCACUUGGCAUAUAAUAUCAAUGGCAAAAGUGUAUCUUCUGCUUUCGUGGCGGUGUUGAUUGCUCGUCUUUUUCUGUCCCCAACAUACUUUGUACCAGAACUCCAGUUCGUUUAUGACCACCAAUUACAGCUCAUUCUCGUAACUGUGAUUUUUUCCUUCCUUUUAUCAGUGUUUGUAUAUAUUGCAUCUUUCAUCCCAUUGACAUUUGCCAAUGGAGUGGGCACUAAGGAGAGAAUCUUGUCGGUGAACGGUAACACAGGUAAUCCUAUCUACGACUUUUUCAUCGGCAGAGAAUUGAAUCCCAGGAUAGGCUCUUGGGAUAUCAAGUUGUUUUGCGAGUUGCGUCCAGGAAUGCUUCUUUGGUUGGCUAUAGACUUGGCUUGUAUCCAUAAUCAGUACCACAAAUAUGGAUCAGUCUCCGAUUCCAUUGUACUUGUCACAGCUUUGCAAGCAUUCUAUGUAUUUGAUGGGGUGUUGAAUGAAGAGGGUUGUCUUUCCAUGAUAGAUAUCACUACAGAUGGCUUUGGUUUCAUGCUUAGUUUUGGUGACUUGGCGUGGGUUCCUUGGACUUAUUCACUUCAAGCCAGGUACUUGUCAAAUCCUCAGAACGCAGUUCAUUUGGGCUACAUCAGAAUAGCCGCAAUUGUGCUACUCAUGGGUGUUGGAUACUACAUUUUCAGUGCAUCAAACAACCAAAAAUCUGCUUUUAAGCAGGGAAAAUUAGACCACAUGAAAAGCAUAAAGACGAAAACGGGCUCCAAAUUGCUCUGCGACGGUUGGUGGGCAAUGUCUCAACAUAUAAACUAUCUUGGUGAUUGGAUGAUCGCUUGGAGUUGGUGCUUGACUACUGGAUUCCAAACUCCAAUUACUUAUUUUUACGUUAUCUACUUUGGUACUUUACUCCUUCAUAGACAAAUGAGGGACGAUGCCAAAUGUAGUGACAAAUAUGGUGAGCAAUGGGAGGAGUACAAAAGGCUAGUGCCAUACAAGAUAAUACCGUAUGUCUAUUAG